UGCUGUUUGUUGUGUUUAGGUUAGGUUUUCGUUGGCCGGACCCUGAACGCAACUGAUCUAUUCACCGAAAUACUGGGGGUCAGUUUCACCUCCGGCUUGUCAUUAUGAAUAGAUCAGCCAAAUAUAUUUUAAAGCGUUUUUCUCAAAAUAAGAACAAUUUGUGUCAAUCAAGUCAUGCAGGAAAGGCAGCUUUUCACAAUUCAUCCCUAUGCAGACAAGAGGUUUCCAGCGAUAGUGUUGCUCCUCUUGUACUAGUUGAACAGUAUAAUGCAGUUACACUAAUAGGUUUAAAUCGGCCAUCAAAACGAAAUGCACUGGACACCAAUUUAAUAUCUUGUCUACGAGAGGAAUUGAAAAAAUUUGCGUCUAAUCCACUGAGCUCUGUAGCGGUGUUGUAUGGAACUGGUGGAAACUUUUGUGCUGGACUAGAUUUAGAUGAAUUGACGUUGGACAAACCUAGUUUACCUUUGGUUGAUGAAUUCUGUUGUAAGCCUGUAAUUGCUUCAGUGAAUGGAUAUGCAGUGGGAGAAGGUUUUGAUCUUGCAAUGGCUUGCGAUGUGAGGGUAACAGACAACCAGGCUAUUUUAGGCUCCUUUAAUCGCCGUUUUGGCAUACCCAUCUCUGUUCCUGCGCUACGGCGUCUCUCAGCAUCUUGUGGCAUGAGUUUUGCAUUGGAUAUAAUACUGUCUGGCAGACCAAUUAAAGCAGAAGAAGCGUACCAAAUGGGUUUAGUACAACAACUUUCACCAUGUGGUGCAAGCAAAGGAAAUGCUUUAACAUAUGCACAAUCAUUAACAAAGUAUCCCCAAGAGGCACUUCGUGCUGAUCGUGCAGCCUUCUUGCAUGCCCUAGUUUUGUCAGAUGAUAUACAAUAUGCCACGGAAUCAGAAAUAUCUUCAAUGUUACCAAAAGCUUUAGAGAAAAUGCAGUAUGAAAGCAGAAGGUUUUCUGAGGGAGUUGGUAAACAUGGAACUUUUAAAAACCUUACUGUUCAACCAGGAUGGCCAGAGUGGAUGAAAUAAUAUUAGUCGUUCACAAGAGCCAUCAAAACAUCAAUGCAAAAAAAAAGAAAUUGUAUGGGUUUCUUAAAAACUGACCGAUUUUGACAUAGCCAUUACAAAGUAUCACCUUUUAUUAUCACAUAAUUAAUAUCAAAUGCCAUACCCAAGACAUGUGCUUUGAAGAACCAUAUUAUAAUACAAAGGGCCUAUGUUGAA